AUGCGUCGACAUCGACAAAUAGCAUUAUUGGGUUUUCCAGGUGUUGAAAAAUCUUCUCUUGUACAUCAUUUUGUUUAUAAACAUUUUUAUAAUGAAUAUGAUCCAAAUAUAAAAACAAAAUUAACAAUAAUUGAUAAUGCUCGAUCCGAUUUAUAUACAAUAAAUCAUAUAGAUUUUGAAAAUAGUGAUGUUUAUAUUCUUGUUUAUGCUAUUGAUGAUUUACAAAGAGUAGGUUCAAGCGAAGAAGGACGAAAUUUAGCAAAUGCAUGGAAAGUUCAAUUCGUUAAAGCAUCUGCUAUGGAUAUUCGAUCUGGUCAAGAUAUAUUUGAAAAAAGAAAUUCUCGUCGUUCAUCAAAGUCUUCUUCUUCUUCUUAUAAUAAUAAUUCAAAUAAUAAACAACCUAUUCAUCGAAAUUCAUCAAAAAUUCCAAAUUUAUCAAAUAAAACAUGUUCAAUCAGUUAA